AUGUCGUCGAAGACCAAGGCCUCCGGCAAGACCGGCCGCUCGGCCAUUGCCGACGUCGUUUCCCGCGAGUACACCAUCCACAUGCACAAGAGACUGCACGGUGUCAGCUUCAAGAAGCGGGCUCCCCGCGCCGUCAAGGAGAUCAAGAAGUUCGCUCAGCAGGCAAUGGGCACCUCGGAUGUCCGCCUGGACCCCCAGCUGAACAAGAAGGUGUGGGAGGCCGGUGUCAAGGGCGUUGCCUACAGACUCCGCGUCCGCAUCUCACGGAGAAGAAACGACGAGGAGGACGCCAAGGAGAAGCUGUACAGCUUCGUCCAGGCCGUCAACGUCAAGAACCCCAAGGGCCUGCACACCGUUGUGGUUGAGGAGUAA